CAAAUACGCCCUAAGCGUAUGCUGGCGGCGGGGCGGAGCUCUGCUUUGAACCUGCGGAGCGGGAGCGCCUGCUUCAGGAACCAGUCUGUCUGUUGUGAGUUGGGGGGAGCCCCGGGAUGGAGAUGGCUAGCGACCCGAGCGCCGAGCGAGAAGGUGGCGAGAAGCCGAGCGCUUCGGGCGGCCAAAAGUCAGUCUCAGGCGGCGGCGGCGGUGACGGAGACGACUCGGAGGCGCAGCUGAAGCAGAUCUCGGUGCCGAGACCCCCCUCCAUUGAGGAAUUUGCUAUCAUGAAGCCCAUCAGCCGCGGGGCCUUCGGGAAAGUAUACCUGGCGCGGAAAGGCGACAAGCUGUACGCCGUGAAGGUUGUCAAAAAAGCAGAUAUGAUCAACAAAAACAUGACUCAUCAAGUCCAAGCAGAGAGAGAUGCCCUGGCACUCAGCAAGAGUCCCUUUAUUGUCCAUUUGUACUAUUCACUACAGUCUGCCAACAAUGUCUACUUGGUGAUGGAAUAUCUAAUUGGUGGAGAUGUCAAAUCUCUCUUACAUAUAUAUGGUUAUUUUGAUGAAGAAAUGGCUGUAAAAUAUAUUUCCGAAGUAGCACUAGCUCUAGAUUACCUUCAUAGACAUGGAAUAAUCCACAGGGAUUUGAAGCCAGAUAAUAUGCUUAUUUCUAAUGAGGGUCAUAUUAAACUGACAGAUUUUGGCUUGUCCAAGGUUGCUUUGAAGAGAGAGAUUAAUAUGCUGGAUAUUCUUACAACACCAUCAAUGCCUAAGCCUAGACAAGACUAUUCAAGAACUCCGGGACAAGUUUUAUCUCUCAUCAGCUCUCUAGGAUUUUACACACCAAAUGGUGAGAAAAUGCAAGAAACAACUGAAGCUAUUUCAAGCCCUGUACCUGAAGUUUCACAGCUUUCUAAGGGCUCUUCUUGUGCUAUGUCUAUAGAUCAAAAUGAUAAUGCUCCAUGUUCAAAUAACCUUCAAUCAUGUCUUGAUAAUGCUGUUUUAAACCCUGGGAUGCCGGUGAAGUAUCUAACUCCCAAUCUACUACAAUCCAGAAACACCAUAGGUACUUCUAGUACCAGUAGCCAGUCUCACACUUUUGUGUCCAGUUUGGAAUCUGAGUGCUGUAGUAGUCCCAGAUGGGAGAAGGACAACCAGGAAAGUGAUAAUGCCCUUGGUUCUAUAGCUAUGGAAAUGAGUAAUAAUGCAGUGGAAAAGCCUUUAAGUACCAAACUUGUGAAUGCUAAAGAAACCAAAAGUUUAAAGAAAAAGGAUCUUGAGUCAGCCAUUUCUCCAAUUGGUAUUAGUAAUGGUUUCAUAUCUGCUGAUGUUGGAACUGCCUCAUCAAUUACUUCAGAAGCCAAAAAUCUGGUUAGAAAAUGCCUUUCUGAAAAUCAAGUUUGGGAAGCAAAAGGACAUUCAAUAAAUAAAAGUUGUAUGAGUGCUGAAACUGUGGAGCCUGGUUUCCAGCAGCCACAUCAUUUUUUAGUGGAUUCUGGUAAAGAUCAUGAAGACAAAAAAGGCUUAAAGAGGAGCUUUAAAUUAGUUGACUCUAGUCCUUGUGAGGAGAUUAUCCAGAACAAAAAAAACAGUUCAGAGUAUAGAAGAAGUUAUACCAUCGAUUUUUAUUCAAAUCAAGAUACAGAUUUGACAUCUGACAAUCACUGCCUUAUGCUUUCUGUAGACAGAGGCCAUCAAGUAGACUAUGAUAACAAGGAUAAUAUUGUCACCAGUUCAGUAUGUGAGCAACAGACACCAGAAAGUUCAGUUAAUGAAAUGAUACAGAAAAAUCUUAUGUGUGAACUAGAUGAAGACUGUGAAAAAAACAGUAAGAGGGAUUCUUUGAGUUGUAGUUUUCUAUAUUCUGAUGAUGAUAGAACUCAGAAAAGUAUAUGUAUGGAAUCUGAUACUUCUUUCCCUGGGAUGUCUAUUGUCGAAAGCCCUUUAGCAAACCAUUCCUUGGAUCAAGAUAAAAGUAUUAAAGAAUUUUCUUUUGAAGAAUCAAAAAUUGAAGAUCUACUGGCUAUAUCACCAGGCUGUCAGGAAAAUAACUUGCCCAGAGAGGAUAUCCAGGAUGCUAAACUUAAUGACGUGCUGGCCCCUUCUUCAUCAGAAGUAGUAAAAGCUUUAAAUCUAUUUAAGAAAAAUGCUGUUGCUUUUCGAAGUUACAACAGUCAAAUAAAUACAUCCAAUGCAUCUGAACCUUCAAAAAUGAGUAUUGCUUCUUUGGAAAGAAUGGACAUCUCCUAUGCUUAUACUGGUUCUUAUCCCAUGUCAUGUACCCCUGCUCAAAAAGAUAAAGCAUCUUUGGCAUAUCAGCAGACUCCACUUCAAAUAAAGUCAGGGACUCCAUACCGAACCCCAAAGAGUGUGAGAAGAGGUGCAGGCCCAGUGGAUGGUGGACGUAUUCUUGGAACCCCUGAUUACUUGGCACCUGAGUUGUUGUUGAGCAGUUCUCAUGGUCCUGCAGUAGAUUGGUGGGCACUUGGAGUUUGCUUAUUUGAAUUUCUAACAGGAAUUCCACCCUUCAAUGAUGAAACACCACAGCAUGUAUUCCAGAAUAUUUUGAAAAGGGAUAUUCCUUGGCCUGGAGAUGAAGAAAAAUUGCCUGAUAAUUGCCAGAGUGCAAUAGAAGUCCUUUUAACAAUAGAUAGUACAAAAAGAGCUGGAUUAAGAGAGUUGAAACAGCAUCCUCUCUUCAGGGAUGUGGACUGGGAGAAUCUACCGAAUCAAAGGAUGCCUUUCAUACCUCAACCAGAUGAUGAAACAGACACUUCCUAUUUUGAAGCUAGAAAUAAUGCUCAGCAUUUGACUGUUUCAGGAUUUAGUUUAUAGCACUAUAAAAAGAUGAGGAACUUUCUUAUUUGAUUGACUUUGUUAAGAAUAGGCUAAUGUUAACUCUAAUACCAGAUUAGGUAAAUAGUUGAAGGGAAAUUGCAUGCUGAUUUGUAGCAAUCUGCUUUUGUUUUAUAGUGACUACAGAUAAUACAAAUUUGUAAAAUCAAUAGUUUUGUUUUCAUCUGAGAGAUUACUGUAUAUGUCUUUAAAUAUGCAUUUCUUAGUCUGUUUAGGUUAUAAAAAUCAAUAGUUCAUCUUAAUCUAAAAAAUUAGUGUACAUAUCUUCAAAUUUCCUUUUUCCACUUUUUUAUUGCACUUUACAAAAGCUAAAGUAUUAGCAAAACUGAAAUAUCACUUUAGAGAGAGAGUGAACCUGAUUUCCCUCCCUCCCCUUUUAUCUGCUGCUCUUAGUGCAUCCAGUUUCUAGAAUUGUUUGCAAUGCAAAAUAUAUUGUUGAUAUACUUAAAUGUUAUUUAGUUGUAUGUGAUUAAUAACAAAAUUCUGUUCUCAAAGUCAAUACUUGGAGGAUAUGUCUAAGGUAUAUGGUCAAAAUUUAUGUCCUAACACAAGACAAAUCCCUUCCUUUCACACUGUAACCUUUGAGGAAUUGUAAAUGAGCAAAACUGUGUAUUAGCACCAAAUAUAGAGCUAGGCAUUAUGCUUAGUAUUGUUACUGAAAAUCUGAACUGUGUUUGUUGCAUUUUUUAUGUUUGUUUAUUUGAUUUUAACGGUGUUUUGACAUUUGCUUAGCUAAGAUUGUCUGGAGAAAAUACACCUGAGCAACACUGAUAGCCUACCUUUAAAAUGAUUAAUAAAAUUAAUUCUAACACAUUCUAAUUAGUUUAUGUAUCACUCUGAGAAAGUACCUGUCUUAAAAAUCAAUGUUAAUCAAAAUGUAAAAUGUAGGUUUUAAAACUCUUAUUUUUGUUCAGAAACCUUGUACACUGUAAAAAGAUAAAAGCAAAUGUCAUAUUUGAAGACUAAAUGUAGAUUCUCUGCUAAUAUAAUAUUAUUAAAUGUUGUAUUCUAAAA